AUGUCCAGCAAAUCGCGGUGGGCCACCACCGAAGAAGACGCCCGUCUCGACGCCAAACUCAAGGAAGAGAAGAGGCGAAAAAAGGCAGAGAAGGCACGAAAACUCGAGGAGGAGCAAAAAGCGCAGGCGGCCGCGAAUCAAGCCUCCCUACAAGUCGACGAUGACCGGCCCUCGAAACGGCGGAGGACGACGCCCGAACCAGGCGCAAAGCUAGACGACCAGGCGCCUCCAGCGAAACUGCUGCGCUUUCCGGCUGGGAGCUGGGGGAAGUGCAGAAGUGUUGAGAACUACGACAAGCUGAAUGAUAUCGAGGAGGGAACUUAUGGUUGGGUUGCACGGGCCACGAAUAGAGCUACAGGCAAGAUUGUUGCGCUGAAGAGGUUAAAGCUGGAACCUCAAGACCGGAACGGUUUGCCAGUUACAGGUUUACGAGAGAUUCAGAUAUUAAAGGAUUGCAAACAUCGGAACAUCGUUACCAUGGAAGAGAUCGUUGUUGGGGACGAUAUAUCACGGCCAGACAACUCUCUAUUCCUUGUCCUCGAAUUCGUCGAACACGAUCUUAAAUCCAUUCUCGAAGACAUGCCCGAACCUUUUCUCUCAUCCGAAGUCAAGCGGCUCCUCCUCCAGCUUACAUCAGGUAUCGCUUACCUGCACGACAACUGGAUCCUCCAUCGGGAUCUCAAGACUUCUAACCUCCUUCUUAACAACCGUGGCCAGCUCAAGAUCGCUGAUUUCGGCAUGUCUCGCUAUGUCGGCGAUCCUCCACCCAAGCUCACACAACUCGUCGUCACUCUCUGGUACCGCGCUCCAGAGCUGCUCCUUGGCGCAAAGAUGUACGGCGCUGCUAUUGACAUGUGGAGUGUGGGCUGCAUAUUUGGCGAGCUUCUCACCCGUGAACCUCUUUUUCAGGGUAAGAAUGAGGUCGACCAAGUCUCGCGCAUCUUUGAGCUCUGUGGCGUCCCUACAGAAGAAACAUGGCCUGGUUUCCGACGCCUCCCAAACGCUCGCUCAUUGCGUCUCCCCAAAACCCAAGUUGCCACCGGCUCUGUCAUCCGUGCUCGCUUCCCCAGCCUCACCAGUGCAGGCGCCGGUUUGUUGGGCGAUCUACUCUCCCUCGAUCCUGAACGAAGACCGUCGGCGAGUGAGAUGCUUCAGCAUGAGUACUUCCGCCAGGAUCCCAAGCCAAAACCGGAAAGCAUGUUCCCAACAUUCCCUAGUAAGGCGAAUCAGGAGCGGCGUCGACGAGCAGAGCCUCAUGCGCCUGUACGCGGUGGACAGGCUGCGUCUCUGGGCGAUGCUGACUUUAGUGGCAUAUUUCAGGGGCGAGAAAAGGAAGAGAGGGGAGCAGGGUUUCAACUGCGUAUGGUUUAA